UGGCUCCUCCUGCUCUCGCUCGAGGCUCCGACGCGCAGCCAAAAGCGAAUCCCGGCGGCGGCGCUCGGCAGAGGCUCCGACGGCUCCCGGCCCCGCUGCUCGCCCCGCGUCCCAGGCAUGGCAAGAAACCAGCAGGUGCAGAAGGCCAAGCUGGCCGAGCAGGCUGAGCGCUACGAGGACAUGGCCGACUUCAUGAAGGCCGUGGUGGAGCACGGCGACGAGCUGUCCAACGAGGAGCGCAACCUGCUCUCGGUGGCCUACAAGAACGUGGUGGGCUGCCAGCGCUCGGCCUGGAGGGUCAUCUCCAGCAUCGAGCACAAGACCGAGGAGGGCGACGACAAGGCGCAGGUGGUGAACGAGUACCGGGAGAAGGUGGAGCAGGAGCUGAACGCCGUCUGCAACAACGUGCUGGGCUUGCUGGACAAGUAUCUCAUCAAGAAGGACAGCGACACCGAGAGCAAGGUCUUCUACCUGAAGAUGAAGGGCGACUACUUCCGAUACCUGGCCGAGGUGGCCAGCGGGGACGACCGCCUGUCGACGAUAGAGAAGGCCCAGGAGGCCUACCAAGAGGCCAUGGACAUCAGCAAAAAGGAGAUGCAGCCCACGAACCCCAUCCGCCUGGGGCUGGCCCUCAACUUCUCCGUGUUCCACUACGAGAUCGCCAACGCCCCCGAGCAGGCCAUCUCCCUGGCCAAGACCACCUUCGACGAGGCCAUGGGCGACCUGCACACGCUCAGCGAAGACUCCUACAAGGACAGCACCCUCAUCAUGCAGCUGCUCAGGGACAACCUCACGCUAUGGACAGCCGAGUGUGCCGGCGAAGACGGCGGCGAGGCUGGCGAAGAGCCCAAGAACUGAGCAUCCCCUGCCCCGCUCCAGACCCUUCGGCAUCUCUUCGUGGUUUUCUUUUUUUUUUUUUGUCUUUUUUAAUUUUUUUUUUUUGGUCGGUUUUGGCGGGGAGGAGUCUCAGCUUCCCCCCAGCCUGGAUACCGGGAGUGGGGGUGGUUUUGGCAGGGUCCCUCCCUCCCUCUGCCCCAUCCUCUGCUCUGGGGAGGGGGAAAAGAGGGAGAGGGGGUGCCUCUGUCCCGGAGAGCUGCCAGCCCCCAGCUAUUUAACAUUUUUUUGUGGGGGUGUCCGGUCUGGCUUGUGCCAGCUCCAAACGCCCUGUCCCAGAGGGCUGGAGCAGCGGCAGGAGGAGGUGAGGGGCUGGGCCGGGGCGAGGGGGGUCCGGGCAGCCCCCCCAUUCCGGGAGGGCGUCUCGUGUUGCCUCUGUGCUCCAAUAAACCUUCUCCUGCACCUCU